GUAUUGAAGAAAGUCUAUGGAAGCUACUUGGUAAAUCCUGAAUCAGGUUACAAUGUCUCUUUGCUGUACGACCUGGAGAACCUUCCUGCAGACAAGGAUGCCAUUGUGCACCAAGCCGGCAUGUUGAAGCGCAACUGCUUUGCUUCAGUCUUUGAGAAGUAUUUCAAAUUCCAGGAAGAGGGCAAAGAUGGAGAAAAAAGAGCAGUCAUCCACUACAGGGACGAUGAGACAAUGUAUGUUGAGGCAAAGAAGGACCGUGUCACAGUUGUGUUCAGCACAGUAUUUAAGGACGAUGAUGACGUGGUGAUCGGAAAGGUGUUUAUGCAGGAGUUCAAGGAGGGUCGCCGGGCCAGUCACACAGCCCCACAGGUGCUCUUCAGCCACAGGGAGCCACCCUUGGAGCUGAAAGACACAGACGCAGCCGUUGGCGAUAAUAUUGGCUACAUCACCUUUGUGCUGUUCCCCCGUCACACCAAUGCUGCAGCCAGAGACAACACCAUAAACCUGAUCCACACAUUCCGGGACUAUCUGCACUAUCACAUCAAGUGCUCGAAGGCCUAUAUUCACACACGUAUGAGGGCGAAAACGUCAGAUUUCCUCAAGGUGCUCAACCGUGCCCGUCCGGAUGCAGAGAAAAAAGAAAUGAAAACAAUCACGGGGAAGACGUUCACAACCCGUUAACGCCAGGUCAGAGGCUGCCGUGGAGAACGAAGGUUGGGGCACUUGCUACCAGAUAAUCGUAGCUUUUAAUGUUGCACCUCUGUGGGCUCAUAAGGAAUUCAAGCAAUCGGGGUCUGUUUGUACGACAGUUGGGGGAGUAAUCUGCAGAAACGAGCUGUGCUUGCGAGGACUCGAUCGUUCCAAGAAACAAAACUUUAAUUCCAGUUUGAUUGACUUAAUUUCUUUUCUUUUUUAAUUUUUUUUUCUUUUCAAGCUGUUUCGCUUUGCAAUAUGUUACCGGAAAUAAGUUGCAGUAUUUCUUAUGAGAAUAAUGCAAUAUUAACUUGAUUUCUUCUGAGUAUUUGAGUUCAAAACUCCUGUAUCUGAAGAAAUACUGUUGGGGUUCAUUAAUAAAGAAGAUCUUUCUAUCUUAAA